AUGGAUGCGCUGGAUCUGAGGCCGCUGCACCAGGUCUACCAAACUCUCGACCCUGCGACGACCGAGCCGCUCGCCCACCCGCUCGUCUGCAUCAGCGAACUCCGCCGUCGUCCCCCUCCCAAACGCUCAGCUCGCGCGGCUUCCGCACAAGCGGGCAGCUUGGACGGUGAUCCAGAGCUCGGGGAGGUGGAGUGGGUCUUGACGAUUGGCGGCGAGGGCGUGGCAAACGGCGCAGUGGAGCAGAAGAGCAAGAAGAAGUCGGAAACUGCGCCGGAGGAGUGGUGGAAGGCGUGUCUUUGCGGCAGGGAGGUCGAGGAACUCAUGAAGCAGACGGACGGUGUCGCCCUCAGCCCGCAGGCCAUGGUGCCGAAAGUCCGCUCAGCCUUACUCGCCGGCGAAGUCGAGAUUUCAGGCUAUGAUGGCCCCGGAGCAGACCCGCGCGGAGCGCUCGAGGUCACGCUCAAGCUCACGCCGACUCUUCCCCUCACGAUGGUUCUCGCGCCGUGCGAUUCUCCUCCGCUUUCCCUCAUGACUUGCAUGGCCAAGAUCAUCCCGGCCUACCUCGUCGCGGCUCAAGAGCGCGAAGCCGCCCGCUCCGCUACCGCCCAACUCGCCGUCCUCCGCCUCGAGAACGACAGGCUGCAGAAGCAAGUCAACGACUUCAAGGAGGAGCGCAAGCGCGCGCGCAAGGUCCCGAAUGGCGGAGCGCUCCGGCAGAAUUCGGGCGACUCGCAGCGGAGCGUCGGAGGAGCGUCGUUCGGCCGGCGCACGAGCAGCCAAGACCAAAGCCAGAGCCAGUCGCAGUCUCAGAUGUACAGCCAGACCCAGGGACAGCGGCAGAGUCCAGACGACGUCGUGUUCAGCCCGCCGAAGAAGGUCGUCCCCGGCGAGACACGCAGCGGUGCACUCAAGCCUGGCGACGUCGGCUACGCCGGCAGCUCGUUCCGCCCAGGUCUCAACCUCGAAGAGGCGCCUUGGGACGAAGACCCGCCAACCGACUCCGACUAG